GGUUAUGACCAGUAACAAUGAUGACGAUGUUGAUGAUCAAUCAGAUGAUGAUAAUGAUGAAAUAUCGAUGGACAGUAAUAAUAACAAUGAUGACAAUUCCAAUCUAAACCAGCAACAACAAGAAUUGAACGAAAACAUUGCACUUGAGGAGAAUAAAAUUGAUUUACAAGUAAACAUUCAUAUUCGAAAGAAAUCAUCACCAAAUAAUAAUAAUAAUCUAUUAUCCACAACGAAUGGAAUGACAAUGGUAGCUACAAAUCUACCAUCUUCGCAGCGAUUAUCCAUUCGUUUAUUGAUUAAAAAUUUAUUGAGCAAAAAAAUUCUAUUUCCAUUGAUUUUGUUGUUAUCAAUUGCAGCAUUAGUUUUAUUACACAAUGGAUCACUUAAUACGCGUAAAACACCGAUACCGAAGAAAAUUUUUUCAUCAAAUAAUCCAUUCUUGGUGGAAUUUGAAUUUGGUCAGCUAAAAGAAUUAUCUGGUCGUAUUUUGCAAACAGAAAUCGCAUUCAUUAUGUUUUAUGCACCAUGGGAUUCAGAUUCGAUUCGUGCAUCCAGUGAAAUUGAAAUUGUUGCUAAUCAUUAUGGCGGUCGACAGAUAUUUUUUGCCGCUAUUAAUUGUUGGUGGCCUGAUGGUGAAUGUCGCCGAUAUCAAACAAUUCGCCGUUAUCCACAUUUUGUUGCUCAUAUUCGUAAUGAAGGGGAAAUUGAAUACAAAGGUCCAGUGUUGGCAAGUUAUAUAAUACCAUUUUUGGAUAACAUAAUGAAUCCAUUGAUACCUGUGCAAAAUGAAGGGCAACUAUUGGAUCUUCGUUCGAAACACGAUGCUGUUGUAUUAGGUUAUUUUGAUUUCAAUCAAUCACCAUCAUCAUCCAAUGGACAACAAAUUCCUCAAGGCUAUCGUGCCUAUCUAUCAACAUCGAUUAAAGCAUUAUCGACGGAUCCAUGGCGUUCACAGGUUGUUUUUACUGUUGUGACCAAUAGUCGUACAGCUAUGAAACUGAAAAUUGAUCCAAAACUUGCGCAACAAUCAUCAUUAUUAAUCAUUUAUGUUGGUAAUCGUAGUGAACAUUUUACUGCCAAAUUUUCUAAACCAUUUACAUUGUUAAGUUGGAUACGGAGUCGUUCAGAAUUGGCAAGAAAUAUUCGUUGGAUGAAUCCAUCCGGUGUUAAAAGUACAUUACUGUCGGAUUAUAUUGGUAAAACACCGACAUUUAUAUUGUUUACACCGAGAAGUUUCUUGCUAGGCAUUUCGCCUUAUUAUGAUUUGCUUAGAGAAAUUGUUCUUGAUUAUAAUAAUUGUGAUAAUUCACCAAUGAUACGUUCAUUGAUUCAUCGAAAUAUUCUCACAAGACGUUUAUUGGAAGAACGUUUAUCCGAAUUGGAAGAACGUUGUCAUGAAUUGUUGGAUUCUAAAACCGAUCAGGAUCGUGAUGCAGCGACAGCUAAUGAAUCUUUGAAAAAAAUGAAAAACAAAUUUCAAGAUAAUGUUGAUACUUGUUGCCAUAGUCAAAUGAUUCGUUGGCGAUCAUUUGGUGGUGUUCGACAUGGAAUGACGAAAAAAUGCCUGUGCACAUCGUGUGUUCACGUCUACCUACCCAAAUGUCCGGCACGUUGUCAGAAUUUUGAUUGUUUCUCCAUUGCAUCCCGAUAUUUGGAUGAAUUUGAUCCAAAUUAUGUAAAUAAUUCCGCUCAACAUUGCAAUCAAAUUCAAGAUGUUUAUCAACCAAAAUAUACACCAUACUAUAAAAUCGAAACAGUUUGCAGUGGAAAUCUUCAAGAAUCAUCAAAUCGAUAUGAUUCAGAUAAUGAUAAUCCAGAAUGGUCAACAAUCGGCAAACAACAACAACAAUGGCAGACGGAUGAAAAAAUUAAUCAUAUGAUUAAGGAGUUCGAAAUUGAACAUUGCCGUAAAUUAAAAUUGGGCAUGAAUUAUACGGAUUUGAAUUUUCCAACCGAAACAUUUGAAAAAUCACAAUCAUCAACGAUAAAUCAACGACAAAAGAAUUUUCUGGCAAAUUUUACCGGACUUGCAUGUCAAACCAAUCGAACAUUGAAAUUUAUGGCAUUCGAUUCGUUGAUUUAUGCAGGAUUUGCCGAAUCACUUGGAGUGGAUGUAUUCAAUGUGCCACAUUCAACUGUAGCCAUGAUUAUCGAACCGGAAUCAGAAUCUGUUUAUCUUUUGGAUCAUGAAAUUUUAUUCGAUGAUAUUGAAUUACAUAAUGUUGAUUCCAAAUCAAAAGCUGAAACUAUAACAGUACCAAGAAAUUCAUAUUCAAAAAUGGCAUUCAUUCAAUUCAUCAGAAAUUUUACCGAUGGAAAAUUAUCACGUUUUUAUCGCAAUCAUCGUCCACGUUCAUCAGGAUUUUGCAAUGAUUUGCAACAACAAAUGAUUAUCGAACAGAAUGGAUCAAAAAUUGUUUGCGUACCGGAAUUGAAUUCAAUGACAUUUCUCAGUCUGAUUACCGGCAAAUCACCGGGUUUAGAGCGAAAAAAUGAUCGAAAAUUUCUGGACAAGGAUAUUGUAGUUAUGUUUUAUGCACCUUGGUGUGGAUUUUGUAGUUCGAUUGCUCAUGUCUAUCUGGAUGUAGCAAGGAUUUUUGAUUUUUCUGAUGAUAUUAUUUUUUCAAGAAUUAAUGGCGAUUCGAAUGAUCUUCCCUGGGAAUAUACAGUCGAUCGUUAUCCAACCAUAAUAUUUUUCCCUGCUCGAAAACGUUCAAAUUCGGUAACAUAUCCACCAUCGAAACCUGUUGAUCGUUCUGGUUUGUUUGAAUUCAUUGUGAAUAAUGCACAAUUAUCGGUUAGGCUGCGUAUGUCGGUUGCAUUAUGUCAACGAUCAUGUUUGAAACGAAGCUAUCAAACAAAUUAUUGGCAACGACAAAAAUCAUCCAGAUGGAUAUCCUCAACAUUAAAUUCAUUAAGUUUUAUUCAAGACGAAAUUCGAAAACUUGAUGGAAAAAUUCGUCAAACAGCAAAAGAUUCUGCAAAACUAAAACGUUUACAAGUGAAGCAAAGCGAAUUGAAACAAUUUCAACACUUGAUUUGUCGACGUUUGCGACAACAAUAUCGUAUCAAAUGGAAACAAAUUCUACUCAGUCAAUUUAUCCUAAUCAAAAUCGAUCAUAUUCACCGUUAUCAUUUUGAUUUUGAAUAUUUAAAUAGGCAACUACAAUCAUUGAUGACAACACCCAAACAUCAAUCAUCAAACAAAAUAAUCAAACAUCGUCGUUCGAAUGUAACAAAAUCAACCGGUCUUCCAAAAUUGACAAUCAAACGUCGACGUAAAGAUGAAUUAUAGCCGCAAAACCUUUAUAUUCUUUGAGUGCCUUUUUCCUAUUUCCGAUGAUGAUUUGUUUGUUAUGUGCAACAUUUUUCUUUUUUCGUUUUCCUUCUCGGUGAUCUGUUGUUCUCUUUUGUUUCUGGUCAUAUUUUGAUUUUUUUCUCUUAUCUC